CCGGGCCCCGGGGCUGGAUACAUUGUGGCGCUGAGCUUCCCCCGGGCCGGCCCCCAGCCGUCCCCGCGCGGCUUCCCGCAGCGCCAGGCCCCCCGGGGGGCAGGCGCGAGUCCGCACGCCCGGACGGACGGACUGACCGACCGACGGAAGCCGCCGACGGGCCGAGCCUGGAGCCCGGGCUGAGCUGGUUUGGGGAAGCCGGCUCUGCCGCCGCCGGGGAGCAAACUUCCCAGCCGGGCGGGGGCUGGCGGGGGCCCCGUCCAGGGCCGGAGGAGGAGACGGCCCCGAGUCCUCCUCCUCCUCCUCCCGCUCCCCGGUCUCCCGGCACCAUGCUGUCUAACUCGCCGGGCCAGACCCCGCCCGUGCUGUUCCCCAACCCUCCGCCGCCACCCCCGCCCCAGCAGCCCCAGCCCCCCUCCCAGCCCCAGCCCCCGGUGCUGCCUCUGCCGCCGCCGCCGCCGCCGCCUCCUCCACCGCCGCCGCAACAGCCGCAGCCGCCGCCGCCCCCCCAGCCCCCCCAGCAGUUCCCUCAGUUCUAUGUCAAGUCGAGCUUGCAAAUCAAGAAGAAUGCCAUCACGGAUGACUACAAGGUCACCAGCCAGGUCCUCGGGCUUGGCAUCAACGGGAAAGUUUUGCAGAUCUUCAACAAGAAGACCGGGGAGAAAUUCGCCCUCAAAAUGCUUCAGGAUUGCCCCAAGGCCCGAAGGGAGGUGGAUCUGCAUUGGAGAGCCUCUCAGUGUCCACACAUUGUCAAGAUUGUGGAUGUCUAUGAGAAUCUGUACGCUGGAAGGAAGUGUCUCCUGAUUAUCAUGGAAUGCAUGGAUGGUGGAGAGCUCUUCAGCCGCAUACAGGACCGGGGAGACCAGGCCUUCACAGAGAGAGAGGCUUCAGACAUCAUGAAGAGCAUUGGGGAAGCAAUUCAGUACUUACACUCAAUCAACAUUGCACACAGGGAUGUCAAGCCUGAGAAUCUCUUAUACUCCUCCAAACGGCCCAAUGCUAUUUUGAAGCUCACCGACUUUGGCUUUGCCAAGGAAACUACCAGCCAUAAUUCCCUCACUACCCCUUGCUACACGCCAUAUUACGUGGCUCCAGAGGUCCUGGGCCCUGAGAAAUAUGAUAAAUCCUGUGACAUGUGGUCUCUGGGUGUCAUCAUGUAUAUCCUACUGUGUGGUUACCCUCCAUUCUAUUCCAACCAUGGUCUUGCCAUCUCUCCUGGGAUGAAGACACGAAUCCGAAUGGGCCAGUAUGAGUUUCCCAAUCCAGAGUGGUCAGAGGUAUCAGAGGAAGUCAAAAUGCUUAUCCGGAAUCUGCUAAAAACAGAACCAACUCAAAGAAUGACCAUCACUGAGUUUAUGAAUCACCCUUGGAUUAUGCAAUCAAUGCAGGUCCCUCAGACUCCACUGCACACAAGCAGAGUCCUGAAGGAAGACAAAGAGAGGUGGGAGGAUGUGAAGGAAGAGAUGACCAGUGCCUUGGCCACCAUGCGUGUUGACUACGAGCAAAUCAAGAUUAAGAAGAUUGAGGAUGCCACCAACCCUCUGCUCCUAAAGAGGCGGAAGAAAGCCCGGGCUCUGGAGGCGGCUGCACUUGCUCACUGAGCCACCCUCAGCCCUCCUUCCACCCUGCUGGAGGGCAAGCAAUAACUCUCUAAGUAUAUUUUUUAAAAGCAGAGACACAGAACUGUCCUCCCCCAGCUCCCACGUGCAUGGAGCCCAGAAACUUGUCAGCUGAUGAAUUUUGAUCCUUUACCUGCCACCUUCCCUGGAGCUCCUGGACAACUCUUGGGGGCACCUGACUCCUGGGAGGGUGGGAGGGUGGGGACAAGGGGGCAAGUUGCUCUCAAGAUCUUCCUCAUUGUGCAGUUUUUCUCGGCUGAUUUGGCCUUGAAUUUUUAUAAAAUUUCUAUUUUUUUCUCCUCCUUCCCCCCUUUUCCCUCCCAAGUCACAGGAUGAUUUUUUUUAAACAAAGGUAUUCUGGGGGAGCUUGCUUCAGGGAGCUGCUUCAGUGUGUGUUAUCUUGUUCCCUCUGCCCUCCUGUCACCCAGUCUGAGGCUUCAGUAGACUUGGGGGCCAAGUGGCUGGGAAGCUGAGCCCUGUGGAGGACAGGGCUUUUGUGGUAUGGGAUGGGUGAGGGGGACUUGGCCUUAGGGCUGGGGGCCAGAAAGCUUCCCCUGCCUUAGCUCACAGGCUUUGGACAGCUGGAGCUGUGGCUAAGGGGCAGGCAUCCAGGGCUGGAUGUGUGAGUGUGCGGACAGGGGGCUUGAAUCAGUGUGUUGAUAGAGUGUUGGUGGUGGGUAGGGGGCCCUGAUGUGGUUCAGAGAGCUUUCCUGUUGGGACCUGACCCAUCCAGGGAAAAGUCCACAUAUUUAUCUACAUGGGAAGCCGGCUAAGAUUUUAAAACUGGUGGCUCCUGGUCUUUCUCUCUAGCAGGUGGGUGCUGAGGGCAGGGGGAAGGGCUUCCCUGACAUUGGCACUGAGUUAAAAGGUUGGGGAGCCUUUCUCUUCCUCCUCCUCUCUCCCUCCCUCCUUAGUGAAUGGGGGAAGUCAGAGCUACCUUGUGGAGGAGGGGACAGCCCUGGAUUCAGAACAUCCCUCUUUUCCUACUUUCCCUGAACACUAUGUGUUUGGAAAACACCUUCCCUCCCCUUUCCUACCGAGAGAUAUGCAGGGCCAGGGAGUAGGGAGGAUGGUGUCCAGGGCCCUGGGUUGUUGGGGGGUUUUUUGCACACCUUCCUCCAUUUCCCCCCUCCCCCCAAUCUGGAGCCAGUCUGAUCCCAUGGUGUCUGCUACCUGAAGCAGGGCGCAGCCAGAGCCCCAUUCUGGAAGACGAGUGGGAGAUAAGGUCCUUUGGUUCUCUGUGGUUAGGGCCAUCCAACUUGUCCUAUCUGCCUGCCUCCCUUAUUUUAAAGCUAUCCUGGUUUUAUAUUUCCUUGAUUUUAGCCUUUUCUUUUUGUUCUUCUCGGGCCGCCUUUGAGCCUCCCACCCUGUCUGGGGAUGAGCCUGGGCUAUUUGUGGCAGCCGUAGUUUUUAUGUUUUGCUUGGCCCUCUCUCCAGCUGUGGGACCCCCUGCCUUUUCCCCUUCCCUAGGCUUGCUUUCUCUGGGUUCUCUUUUCUGUCCUUCCUUUGAGUGACCUGGAGGACAGAGAGGAAGCCUUCUCACCAAAGAUGCCCCACCUCUACCCUCUUCUUCACUGGUGACUCUCUUCACCCUUCAGUGACUUCUCCAACUGGCCAAUGGGGGUGGAGAGACUCCUCCCCCUUCUUCCCAGUAUUAAAUAGGUGUGGAAUUGGGGGAACCCCGUGUGCUAGUGUCUUAGGCCUUCUCCCCCCCCCCCCCCCAGUGCAGUGGAGGGGGCAGGGGGCAAAGGAGUUGGGAGUAGUUCUUCAGUUCUUCAUCUCCCUCAGGGGCAUAUGGGGGAGGGGCAUUGGGGGAUUGGGUUGAAUGCCUGCCUCCUGAUCUUCCCUCCCCCAACCCAACCCAGUGGUAUGUCUGGCCCUCAGAUUAUUGUUAACUUGUUGUUUUGUAUGAUCAAAACUGUCUUUACUAAACAGAUUUAAUAGUU